AUGAAAUCACUGAACAAUUGUGUUCAAGAAUUUAUUGAUCAUCAUUCAUCAACACUAUUUCCAUCAGAUAAUACAACAGAUAUUCGACAUCCUCGAUUAAAUAGAUUUAAUUCUAUUGCUUCGUCAUCCGUUGAUAUUGAAGACGAAGAUCCAAAUCUGUUUGUUAUUACUCCACCAAUUGAAUAUUUUCUUCAUGUUUCAUCGCGACUAUGUCGUGAACAAUUUUUUAAACUAAUUCGUCCUGGUCAUCUUCUUAUUUGUCAUGUAAUCACUGCUAGUUCACGUGAUAUGCUUGUACGUAUUUUAUGUUUUGAUGAUGGACAUCGACGAGCAUUACAUGACCUUAAACUUACUGCAACUUGCCUAUUGAAUACAUCAAGUAGUAAGAAUACUAAUAAUUAUCGUAAAAAAAAUAAAUAUGAUCGAGAUGUACAAGAAAUUAGUGAUGAAGAUAAAGAUGAUGGAGAAUAUCAAAGUGGAGAUUUGAUACGAGCUUGUGUAACUCAUGUCGAUGUACACAAGGAAGAAAUUCAAUUAACAAUUGAUCCAUCUUUGAAUCAUCAUCAUCAUUCUUCUAAAAAACUGGGUCUUAUUAAUGAAGAUGAUUUACCAAAACAUUAUGUUUUGUUACGCCGACAAGAAGAACAAUCUCAAUCUUAUGAAGAUAUUCUACAAACUUCAAAAGCACUCAAUAAUAGAGCUUGCGUUCAAACACUUUAUCAACGGUUAAAAAAGCGAUUUGAAUAUUCUCAUUCUGAUGAUAAUAAUAUUGAAUCAUCUAAUGAUAUAUUACAUAUGACAUUAAUUAAUUCAUUUAAAAAAAAACAUAUUCCAUCAGAUGAAUAUUUUGAUAAAUUACGUCAAAAACAAGAUCAUGAAUGGGCAAUCGAAAGUGUUGCGGAAGGCAUACGAUUAAUGAAAGAUAAUGAUUCAACUUCAGCUAUACUUCAUUUUAAUAAAGCUCUAAGUACAGAUCCGAAAUGUGUUGAUGCACUUGUUGCACGUGGUGCUUUGACAGCUAAUCAAGGUCAUUAUAAACGUGCAAUGCAAGAUUUUGAAGAUGCUUUAAAAAUUGAUCAUAAACAUGUAAAUGCAUUAAAAUAUUUACAUGAUAUAUUGAAUAAUAUGGCUAAUGAUGCUGAUGAUAAUGAAACUGCAAUAUAUUAUCUUGAAAAAGCCUUAAAAUAUAAGCCUGAUGAUCAUGAAACAAAGCGAAAAUUAGAUAUAUUACGUGCAAAGAAAAAAGAAGCAACAAGAAAAUUGGAAUAUGGACCAAGUUUACCAUCGGAUGUACAAUCAUCUUCAAAAGAUAAACGAUAUUCAAGAUCGCCAACGAGACGAAAAGCAUUGGUGAAAGGUUCAUCGUCAAAUGAUAAUCGAUCAAAACGAAAACGAUCAAGUUCCAGUACUAGUACUAGUAGUAGCAGUAGUAGUCGAACAAAUUCAUCAUCAUCAUCAUCUUCAUCAUCAUCAUCUUCAUCAAGUAGUUCUACAGCAACUCAUUCUUUAUCAACGAUUUCAUCAUCACCAUUAUCUGAUGUAAUUGAAAUGAAAAAACCAAAAUCAAUACCUUUAAUUGAUAUUACUGAAAGUGAUAAAUCGACUACUACUCGAACAAGUACUCAACCUAUUUCACAUGACAGAACACAUUCAAUCGAACAAAAAUCUUCUAUAAAUGAAAUCAAUAAAAAUGGAAAUAGUCGAUUACAUACCGAUGAUCAUUCAUCAAAAGAAAAACAAUCAUUUUAUCAACGAAAAACAUUACCAUCAACUAAUUUAUCAUCAUCAAGUAAACAACAACAACAACAACAACAAGAAUCUUCAUUAUCAACAAAGAAAAAUAGAUCUGUUGUUAUUGAUCGUGAAGCUGAAGACAUUGAAAAACUUUAUAUGCAACUUAAAGCUAAAAAAACAAUGGAAAAACAAAAAAAAUAA